AUGAACUACAUCGUGCGCUCCACCGCUCAAGGUGCUGCCAGGACUGGUAGGGAACGGAGCUCUCCCGAUCCAGCCAUCGUCCUGGAGAGAAGAUCUUGCGACGUUGCGGUACCUAGCGUUGAAGUCCACCGCCAAAGUCUGCCACACACGAUUGAUCGCAUAAUAAACUCAGGCUUGAAGAAGCCGGAACAGAACGGCAUCGAGACCGUCGUCAAGAGAGAACCUGUCACCGAUGAUGAUUUCUUUCUCCAACCGCCCAGAAACAUCUAUUUCUUCAAGCGAAUGGUGGAUGGCCGCCCUCAUUUCGACGCUCUGCAAGAAGUUGAUCCAGGCCGAACGCAGCUGAGUGACAAGCAAGCGAAUACCGAGUACGCGCUUUGGGAAACUGAAGAAGGUGACUUCAUCUACAGGCAAGCCGGGACCGACUUCCGAUUGCUACGGUGUAUCGGGAAUGUCGAGUAUCGUGGUGAGGAAGGAGACACCCAAGUGAAGCAUAAGUUCGCCACCAAAACCUUGGGUUUCAUCGCGAUUCGGGGUGCAGAUUCCUCGUUGGAUGUUCUCAAGCUCGCCGUGAGCGGGACUUCAUUCAUUCCCCUCCGGGAGUCGAAGGACAACUUUCUCUACCACGCGCGAUGGCACAAACGAGUGAAGAGACUGGCUCGACACCUCGGUCUCAACUUGCGAACGUUCUACGAUGGUGCAGGCAAGCCGAUGACGGCAGAGAAUUGCGGCAAUUGGAGAGCAGGUCACAUCGAGAAGAAACUCGCCACAUACAUGGUCUAUGCGAUGGUGAUUGCCCACAAUAUUGAGCCGGCAGACAGUCACGACAUCUCCCUGAAGGACCUAAGCCGGCUUCGCAAACGCCUCCGCGACCAAGGCCUUGCGCCACACUACGAGAUUCACAUCAGCAGAGCCCCCUGUGGUACACCUCAGCGCCGCAGGGAAGUGCAUUCCGUUCGUCAGGAAGCUGGGCCGGGCGGCGGGCAUCAAGUUCACGCGUAUCUUGCUGUAUCAAGUCUCACCAGUGACUACGACAGCGAGAAUGAGGAUCUGCUGGUCCAUCUCGCCGAAGCCGAUGGCCGCAAGGACGACAUUGUGUAUGACGGAUUCGAGAUAGCCGAGGACGAACCUCGCACCUACGAUGCCAGAGCUGCCAAUGACGAUGCUGUCGACUCAGCUGACACGGUUUCCUCUCCACUAGCACGGCAGCAUAUACCUCCUGAGGUAGCAACCAAGUUUGGCGAGAACCUGCGAGCGAAGUUUACUCGAAAGGAAAAGCCAGCCAUAGAGACGACCGCCGAGAUUACCGAAAGCACCGAGAGCGUGGAAGAAAUCGAACGAGAGCUGUCUUACGUCGACCUCAGCCGUCCUCCUUCGCAAAGUCAAUACUGGGAGGCGCCUGCUUCUGCGACCACCGAUGCGGUACCGCCGGUACGUAGAGGUUUAUCAAAGGUAGACUCGAAGAAGAGACGCGUUCGCAAGCUAGAGAAGAGAAGAGCAAAGGCGCUGGGGAAGAGAAAUCCAGGUAAAACUCAGACACAGAACGCCGUGCUAUUGGGGUGCUGGCUGACAGCAUGCUGGACCAGGGGGCUCUGUUUUUGCGGCUCGCCUGGGGGCGAUGCUCGGCUCGAGUCAGCGGAUUGGUUGAUGGAGUUGCUGGCGGACUAA